AUGAGUGGCGACGAUAACAUCAAUUUUACCUCUAGUUCAGAGGAGGAGACUCAUGUUAUCCAAUAUGAAAGGGAUACGGUAGAAGAUCUAAAAGUCUCGGAUUUAUUUCAUUCUCAACAUAAAAAAAUUUCACAGGUCAACCGCGAAAGAUGGGCAUAUUUUUCAUACAUAUAUCGCGCCUUCAGCUAUAUAGGCAUUGCAAUUUAUCUAGACUGGACCAUAUUCAUUAGACAUCCGGUCAAUUUUUUUGUGAUAACUCUUCAUUUUAUCUUUUCUAUCAUUGGUUUACUUCUAGUCGGCACAUGUCUUUUGAUAACGGAAACGUAUAUAAAAUAUUUUCAUUACUCUACGCGAAAAAGAAUUUAUGGAUAUUGGGGCAAUGACAAAGAGCAUAAAGAGUAUUGGAAGAACUUUAAUGAAUAUGGAAACUUUAAACGUUGUAAGAACCAUUUCUUUGUUGAAAGUCGACAAGAUAGCGACCCUUGUGACCCUUGUGGCUCUUGCAAGAAACGUCGAGAUGGUGAAAGUCAAAAACAUUGUGACCCUUGCAAAAAAAUAUCCGAUAAUUGCAAACAAUAUUACGAGCAAGAAAAAAAACACCUCGAAGAUUUAAAGGAGGGCUUGCGCUUAGCGUGUAGAUUCUUUGAUAGUUUAGAAGAGGUGAUGGGAUAUUUCUUCUCAAAUAACCAAAGCGAUAAUGAAGAGCUAAAAACAAAAAUCAAAGAUCGUCGCAAAAAACUCAAAGAUCUUAUCAAAGAGAUAGAAGAUAAUGACGGUCAUCAAAAGAUCUGGUGGCAAAAUACAUAUAAUAUAGAAAAACUUGAAGGGCUAAGGGAUAUAAUUGAUGAAUGUCUCCAAGAUCCAAAGAAUGAUGUCAAUGGUCGUCUAAAGGUUCCAAAUAAUGAAAUGGAUAAUAUUCUUAAAGAUAUUCUUGAAGAUAUAACGAAAGAAACUAAUGAUUAUUAUAGUAUAUUGGAGAAAGAUUCAACAGAAAUUGAUAAUGGUAUUCUCGACGUGCUAAAGGAUUAUGAAGAAAUCUUGAAUCAAAAUUCAGAUCUCGAAUAUCUAGAAGAGAUAAAGAAGAUGAUAAAUAAUGAUUUUCUUAAAAAGCUAACAGAAGAAAAUGAUUUUCCUGAAGAUAUAGAGGAAGAAAAUGAUUUUCUUGAAAAGCUAGAGGGAGAAAAUGGUGCGAUCCUGGAGCAAAAUGCGGAAGAUAAAGAAAGCGACCGUAUUCUUAAAAAAGCAAUUGAGAAAGUAGAUGAAAAUUUUGAAAUUUUACGAGAUGGAAUAGAAUUAUUGGAUGAUGAAUACUUCGAAUAUUUUGGGAAUAAAAUGAGUGAUAAAAACGAUAGUAACAUGGAAUCCGUUAGUGAUAGCCAUGUCAAAGAUUUAAGAGAUGUGUCUAAUGACACCCGAGUUUGCAAUAAGUUCGAGAUGCUUCUUUUCUUGGCAACCAUUAUAUAUAAACGGGAAGAUUACCUUAUUGCAAAUAUUCACAAAAAUAUCAACAUCCUAAAAAAAGCGUAUCAUUUGUGCAAAUGCAAAAAAGGAAAAAAUCAUGAUAACGAUUGUUUAAAGCUAGGAAUUAUGAGCAAGGUCAAAGAUUAUCUAAAAAGUUUAAGAGAAAUUGCCGAUGAGUAUAAAGAAAAUGAUGAAAAAAAGCGUAGAAAUUCAAGUAAACCUGCAGAGGAAAACCCCCACGAGCAUAAAGGUGAAAAGAUAUCCCAUGAAGCUACAGAUGAAGAGAUAUUCGAUGAAACUACAGGUGAAAAGAUAUCCCAUGAAACUACAGAUGAUGGGAUAUCCGAUGAAACUACAGAUGAUGGGAUAUCCGAUGAAACUACAGAUGAUGGGAUAUACGAUGAAACUAAAGAUGAAGAAAAACUUUUUAAUGAGAAACUCAAAUGGAAGAACGAAAUGCACAAGCUCUCCCUAUAUCUAACUUUUUCCGCUUUUUGGCCUUCCUUUAUAAAAAAUCUCUUGAGUUCAACUAAACCACUCACCGAUAGAAGUCACGCUUUUGAAAUGGAAACUUUGGGCGAAAUAAGAGAACACAUAAAGGAAAUUGUAGAAUAUAAUGAACUUCAUAUCAAUAACGUUAUUAAACAAGUCGAUUCGGAUUUUCGAUUUACUUCUAUCUCCGAGCUAAAUACAGAUGAUGGUGGCUCAUUUUGUGGAAUGUUUUAUAAUAAAGAAAAAAAUUUCAUUGCAGUGGUUUUUAAGGGGACGACUCCGGAUAAUUAUGGAGAGUGGCUAUCCAAUCUUACAUUUCAGUCCGUAGAUGCUCGAAGUUUCCUCUUCGGACAAGUUCACAGAGGAUUCUAUAAUUAUCUUUUUCCAAUGGACGGAAAGGAACAUGUUCGAACCUCGCGAAAUUUUCCUUACAAAAGAAUCGUUGAUACGAUUAAAGCCAAAGCCGAAGAAAUUAAGAGGUAUUGGGGUAAAAAAGGCUUGGACAGAAAAGUAAAUUUGUGGAUAACCGGUCAUUCGCUCGGAGGGGGGCUAGCAGUUCUAUUUUAUGCACGUUUAUUAAAAAUAGAAUUGGGUAUUUUAAAAGAUGUUUGUGAACUUCGAGAUACAGUAACUUUUGCGAGCCCUGCGGUCGGCGAUAGUCAUUUCGCUGUCGAACUUAAUUUUUAUAUAAACAAGCUCAACGAAAAUCAUCCACUGUGGCGUUUCGUCUUAAAGGAAGAUAUUGUUCCAAAAUUGCCAUAUCGAGCUUUUAGUAAAGGAAUGAGAAAAUAUGGUUAUCAUAGUAAUGUGUUGAUGAACUAUUUUCAAGUCGGAGAGAAAGUUGUAUUUCAUCACCAUAAAAACAAGUCUAUAUUGUCUGGAAAAUUCGGAAAAGAAGAAAAUCCCAAAAAGCCAGAGUCAAAUCGUGAGUUAUUUAGAUAUAAAGAUGAUCCGACAGAUCUGGAAAGUUGCUUAGAAAAACAUUACGACCAGAAGAAUACUCUCAAACGUUCCCUUAUAAAAACCUUUAAAAAAUUUAAUUUUCUCGCAAUACCGGAUAUCAUCGAACAACACGGAACAGAUAGUUACAUUAAUGCCUUGAGCGCUUACCGAAUGUACCAUUUAAAGAGAAAAGAAGCCGAAUGUCAGAAAAAAGAGGAUUCGAAAAUUUCUUAA